AUGAGAAUGCUCGGAGCAAUGCAGCCAACAGGCGCAGUGCGCAAAGCUGCGUUAGGCCUUGUCUCGUUCAUCAACGCUUCACCAACGCCGUAUCAUGCGACGAUGGAGGCUACAACGCGGUUGGAAAAGGCCGGUUUCGAUCGAUUGCGAGAAGAAUCCGAGUGGGAUAUCAAGCCUGGCGGGAAGUAUUAUUUCUCUAGGAAUCAAUCGGCCGUCGUUGCGUUUACGGUACCAAAGCGCUGGGCACCUGGUGGUGGGAUUAGCAUGGUGGCCACGCACAUCGAUACCUGCAAGCGAAAGAUUGCUAAUGGAUACCUCCAAGUGGCCGUGGAAACGUAUGGAGGAGGCAUCUGGCAUACCUGGUUUGACCGAGAUCUCUCGUUGGCGGGUCGUGUCAUUGUCUCAGAUGGGGAUAACGGCCCCUUUACCUCUAGGAUGAUCAAAAUUGACCGACCAAUCCUGCGCGUCCCAUCAUUGGCCAUUCACCUCGACCGUGGCGUGAACGAGCAAUUCAAAUUCAACCAAGAGACAGAGUUUGUUCCAAUUCUUGGCCAGCAAAUCUCGUCCGAACUCAAUGCACCAAUUCAUAAAGAGGGCGAAUCGAAAGGACAAGGCUUGGAUGUAUCGGAGAACCAUCAUCCUGCCCUAUUGCAUUUGCUUGCAGAGGAACUGUCCAUCAAACCGGAACAAAUCAACGAUUUCGAAUUGCAUUUAUACGACGUCCAACCUUCGUGUUUGGGGGGACUCUCAGAGGAGUUUGUCUUCUCACCACGGCUCGACAACCAAAUGACAAGCUACUGUGCACUUGAGGCUCUGAUCGAGAGUACGAGUGAAGCCUCGACGGAGGCUUGCGAAUCGCAGCAUGAAUCCAAUGUCAACUUGAUUGCGCUCUUCAACCACGAAGAAGUUGGUUCUGUCUCGACUACCGGGGCCGAGGGCUCGCUCAUACCGACCGUCAUCUCGCGUCUAUCGCCUUCAUCCGAAGCCCUUGCACGUACUACAGCAAAGUCAUUUUUGAUCAGCAGCGAUAUGGGUCACGGAAUACAUCCAAACUACAGGAACAAGUACCAAGAGAAUCACCGACCGCAGCUAAACGGUGGAGUCGUCAUCAAAACCAACGCAAAACAACGCUACACGACAGAUGCGAUUGGGAGCUUUUUGAUCAAACGCCUCGUGGCGAAGAGGGGUGGCAAAGUACAAGAGUUCGAGGUGCGGAAUGACAUGGCAUGCGGAUCUACGGUUGGACCUGCUCUUUCAAAGAUGGGUGUCCGAACGGUGGACGUUGGCCUUGCCCAGCUCAGUAUGCAUUCUAUUCGGGAAACGGGUGGAUCUCACGACGUACGAGUCAUUCUUGCAUUCAACCAUUCGCUUUUAUUACACUCAUUCGUCAACAACAUGUUCGCUUCAUCUACAUCUUAUCUUGUCCUCGCUCUCUUCGCCUUUGCCUCGACGGCUCAUGGGCACGGUACAAUUACUGAAAUCAAGGGUGCCAACGGAGUGACUUCUGCUGGUAUCGGUAUUCUCGCAUCAACACCACGCGAUGGUUCCGGUAGGACACCAUUCCAGCAAGACACGAGCACUAUCCGCGACCGCGAAAUUGCAAGCGGACGUACGGGACCUUGUGGACGCACCAUUGCUGGUGGUAACAAUGACGUCGCGGCAGAGGUCGCAUCUGCAUCGAGCGCAGGCUUGCCAUCCAUGGGUGCAGACGGUUCUGUCCAAAUGACACUUCACCAAAUCAACCAAGAUGGUGGAGGACCGUACACCUGUGAAAUUUCGACCGACGCCUCGGGAACAAACUUCCAGCCAAUGACCGUCACCACCAACGUCCCAGGAAUCCUCGGCUUCAGUGCCGCCACCGCUAGAGACUUCCCUCUAGUCGCACAAGCCCCUGCUGGAACGACUUGCACUGGUGGCCCGAAUGGCGAUGCUUGCCUGGUGAGGUGCCGAAACAACACGCCCGCGGGUCCGUUUGGUAGCUGUGGCGUUGUCACGAGCCCCCAAGGUGGUGCUGUCGCAGCUAGUGCCUCCUCUGGAACUGCUACUGGUGGUGGAAAUGCAGCGGCCACGGGGGGAAAUGCUACUGGUGGACGUGGCGGACGCGGUGGACGUCUGGCGCAACUCUUUGGCGGGCUCAACAAGCGCCUAUUUGGUGGUGAGGAGGACUUGUCGUUGAAAAAGCGUGUUGUCGGCUCGAGAAUCGUCGAGCGUGCACAGGCUGGCAAGUGGAUUUAA